CUAGGACCUAAUAUCUUUGGCAAUAUAAGAGUAUUACGUUUUUGGGUUGGAUCAUGUUCUAUGGCUAAAAGAUCUUGUGUUGUCCCCGCUGUUCAUGAGAAUUACGUCUGCUACAGGGUUACACUAUGUAUUUUUUUUAAAAGUCUGUAUUGGUUUCUCCAAGUUUCUAAGAUAAAAAUUUGGUCAUGGAUUUGCACAUAAUACCGAAUAAGAGCGAGGGCGAUCUAACACCAGAAGAAAGAAUGAGAAUGGAACACAUAAAGAUGCACGAGUUGCAUCGUGGUCACGAGACGAUGCACUUUGAAAUGCUGUUCAUCCUAUUGGGAACUUUGAUAGUCGCUCAGAUUAUACUAGUUGAAUGGAAAAAAAGGCACUACAGAUCGUAUCAGUUUGUCACGUUAAUAGCAAUGUGGAUAAUUCCACUGGGACUUUGUGCACAUAAUCUCUGGUGGAGGUUCAUUUUCGUAUGGCUAAUAUUCUCCUCUAUUACGGGACUUAUUGUAAGAAAAGCCCUGCAACAUCCUAUUCGGGGCACUACUCCAAGGAGUGUUCUCACAUUGAGGCCGCAAUUACGAAGCUCUGCAAUUCCAAGCUUUCCAACAGUCUCUUCAUCGAGCUUCGCCGACUCUUUUUGA